AUGAGCGCACUACAGCAAGUCCUGGACCUCCUCGCACGUGCCUACACCCCAGUGUUCUACGACGUGCUCGCCACCGCAGGAGGCGUGCUCACCGCGCUCGGCCUGGCAGCCGUCACGGUCGUCUCCCUCACCAGCGACGUCCCGUUCGCCGCCGGGAUCGUAUACCUGGGCACCUUUGUAGGCUGUGUGCUCGCCGUCUUCUCGCUCGGGCGCCUGGCCGUCGUGGCGACCGGCUCGGCCGCGAACGCGAUUGCUGCGGCCGCCCCGUUCUCCAUCAUCACCAUGACCGGGUCCAUCAUUUGCUUUAUGUCAACUCCCCAGCUCUUGGUGUGGUGGAUCGUGGCCGCAAACGUCGGCGUAUACGCCCUGUUACUCAUGUGCGCGCCGUUCGGCACCCCGGGCGGGGUACCCACCACCGGUGAGGCUAAGGAUGCGCCACAACUCGACCCGUGCCUCCGCGACCUUGAGCACAUCAGCCACCCGGAGCUCAAAGUCCGGAGACGGAGUGCCGAGAAGGUCCUCGCGCGCGCGCAACGUCACGUCGCUGUCGUUUCUGGCAGAUGCGGGUGA